GGCGCGUAUCGCGUACCGCUGCACAUACGAGAGCGCGAUCGUACACGAGCGCGUAGUCGAGUGUCAAGUGACAGCUGUUGCUCCCCGCGCUGAUCAGUGCUGAUCUGCCAUCGGCUGCACGCUUAGGCGACGGGCGAGUUAAAUACGUCUUCCUCCCUUCGUUCCUUUUUUUUCUCACUGGACACGCGACGUGUAUACGCGCCGGCAUGACGCGAGCCGCCGUCACGCUUCUAUUGGUCCUGCCGUUACUCCUAGGUAACGCGACCACGGCGUUAGAAGAUGCGACCAUCAAACCCGAUAGCACAAUAACAACGUCCUUAUUGAAUUAUCGAGAGAAUGACGUAUUCAAGAAACGACUAAAUUUACCACCAUCCAGCGGUCUGACGAUUAUUGUAACAGAUGCUUCAGCUUUUUCGUUUAUCGUGUUGCAAGUUCAUACCUAUCAAUACAAUGCCACGUUAGCAUACGACGAAACACUGCUUGACAAAGUGUCGGAAGGGAGUUUGUUCGGAUCAAAUAUUGGUCUGUACUUGAAAACGCGCAAUGUAACAGGGCCAAUGCAGGUAUUCCUGAAGCACUAUAAUGUGCACAAACUCGAUGCAUUGCUCGUGAUUGUACCGUAUGGUCUAAACGCGCCGAUACCGGGCGGAUGUAACAUGGAAUUCGAGAUCGAAAUUGCGCCCUAUCAAAAGCUGCGUGUUGAGAAUGAAAUGAUAAUAGUCGAUGCGCAACCGGCUGCGGCGCUCGCCGCUAACGGCUCAACGAUUUCCUGCAACAAGAAUCCGGUGCAGCACCGUAUGUACCGCCUUCAUCUGAGCAUGCAAGACUUUAAUCCGGAGACGUACUUUGAUGCGAUUGCGAGUAUGCUGACGGUGCGAGAUGUCGCGCGAAAUGGCACUGAGAUAUCGCCUGCCCCAUCAAUCUCGGCUAUGAGACGUAUAUACAGUAUGUACGCCGGUACAGGAUUCGUUUAUGCUGUAGUCGCCACUUACGGGAAUUACUCGUCGGCUUACGUUCCGACCUUCUCGUACGGCUGCAGCCCUGUGCUGUAUCCGAAGAGUUGUCAGGUUUUAAAUGGAACGUUCUCGAUGGUGCUUUGCGCAAUCGUUCUGUUCAUAGGUUUCCUCUCAGUUGUCAUAGGACAUAAACCUAAACACGCUUGUGCGGAUCGUUUAUUAUCGGAUUGUGCGUUUGGUGGUUUCGUCGGUUAUACUUUUGCGGUGGCUGUCGGCGUUUCGGGAACUACAAUUAGCAUUCUCAUAGGUUUGUUACUGGCCAUUUUUACCAUGUGCGUUUCGCCUUGCGUACGUGUUCUGGGACUCAAGAAGCCAUUGUUUCUAUUGCUCUGCAACUUGCCACUAGCAUUCCUGUGCGGAUGCAUCGCAUAUCUCUUCGCUCCAGCGGGGAUGUAUUACGUUCUGCAAUAUGACUGGUCAUUCUGGACCAUCUUCGUGAGCCUGGUGCUCGCGCUCGCUAUGCUGCUAAUGAUAACGUUCCAAGUCGCCGAGAUAAUUGCACGCGCAGUUUUCGGCUCGUUUCUCCUGAUCAUCGCGCUCGAUUACUACACCAACACCAACUUAAAGUACAUCAUCAUCACUAUGAUCAGGAGAAUCACUAUACCUAAAUUUUGUUCGGCCUUCGUGUAUCCGCCUAUUCAGGGUGAAGACUUGACUUUGAUAUGCAUCUGGAUUGUACUGAUACUACUACGAUUCUUUAGAAUAUGUCGCGCUCAGGUAAGUAAACCUUUCUCAAGUGUGACUGGUGAAACACAAGCAUUGUUGGGGUAACCGUAAAGAAAACAAUUAAAUAGAAUUGUUUGCACAGCAUAUAUACCAAUUUGCAGAAAAAAGAAUAAACAUGCGUUUUGUUUAAUGUAUCUAUGGAACAAGAUGGGAAAACGUCGACUAUAUGAAACAUUUUUCAAAAGAUUUUGUAUUUUACGACUUUGAUUACUAAAAUUCGUUAUUCGCGAUAUCUCGCAGCAGUGUUAUUCGUACCUUAAAAUGCAAAGUGCUUCGUUUAUUUUGUUAAAAAAUCGUAUUAAGACUUGUAAAACAACGGUCACAUAUGUUAUAUGAAAUAUGUUUAUCAAUUAAUCGUCACCGUUGUGAUUUUUCUAAGAACAAUUUCAUGCUGCUACUUUUUAAGAGUUUUCUUUUUAUUUUUUUAUUAUUUUCUUUAUAACUUUCCGAGUUUACAACGAGCGUUAGUCGACAAGCGAUGAUCUGAAGAAGAUAGAUAUACAUGCGGUAUAAUUACACUCGAAUAAUAUACAUCAGUAAUCUUACCUUUCUUCUCUUCAGAUAGAUCUGUAAGCGAAAUCGCCGAUGCGGAGAGAAAAAAAUAUCUAAAAAAAUAGUAAAUAUUUAUUCGCUGGAUACACUAAUAACGUAUUUACUUUCGUAGUAAUAUAUUUUUCAAAUAAAAAGCAUAAGUUUCCUUGAAAAAAAACCCUUAGCUUUUUAU